AUGAUAUUUCUACAGUGCUCACAACAAUUAAAAAGAGGUGCAGAACGAAUUUUGGUCAAAAGCUGGAGAUUACUGCCUCUAAUGGCCGUGUUUUUUAUGUUAGAUGAAACAACGGGAUAUCAUGUUAAUAUCGGAAUUAUCUUACCGAGUGAUCCAGUCGACGUAACUCAGGAUCCAUGUUAUCCCUUUGGACACGUUGAGCCAUCUUUGGAGCUAACAAUGGCACAUGCCCAGGAUAUGGGACUCACUGAAAAAGGAGUAGAGUUGCAGUGGCAUUUUGUAGACUCAAAAUGUUCCGAUUUGUACGCGCCUUUGGAGGUCAUUAGGCUACAAUAUGAGCACAAACUUGAUGUUCUUUUGGGUCCGUGUUGUAAAUAUGCACUCUCCACCUGUAGCAAGAUAUAACAAAUUAUGGGGACUGCCCAUUAUAACACUAGGUGGGUUGAAGUCGUCAUUUGGAAAUGAAGACGACUUUCCAAUAUUAACACGGAUAGUAGCACCACAUAUAAAACUUAGUUUCGCCAUGGUUAAAUUACUGUUGGAAUUUAAUUACUACCACGUAUCCCUGAUUUGGCAUACUAAUUUCCACGAUCGCUCGAAAGACAAUUCCGAAUGUAAUGACGUCAUGGUUGAGCUCAUCCAAAUAAUGCAAGAUUUGUCAACCAUCCACAAUGUGUUUGAAAUAGACCCUUACAUUAGUAUCAUUGACGAUCAGUAUCUAGAUGAUUAUGAUCUUAAUGCAAUAGUGGGAAAGAUCAAAAACCAUUCCAGAG